CGGCGCGGCCGAGGGGCUCCGCUUCCCCCCAGCCCCUUGCCGGCCUGGCGGAGGAGCAUGAGGCGGCCCCGCGGCGGGCGAGGCGGCUCCUGAGGGUCCCCCCGCGCCAGGGCCCGCCGCCCCGGCAUGGAGGAGAAGUACAGCGGCCAGGCCUUGGCCGCCGGCGGCGUGCUGGGGCCCGUGGAUGUGCCCAGCGCCCGGCUGACCCGGUAUAUUGUGUUGCUGUGCUUCACCAAGUUCCUGAAGGCCUUGGGGCUGUUUGAAUCCUAUGACCUUCUGAAAGUGGUCCACCUUGUACAGUUUAUCUUCGUAGUAAAGCUGGGGUCUGCAUUUUUUAUGGUUUUGUUUCAAAAACCAUUUUCUUCUGGAAAAGCGGUAACCAAGCGUCAGUGGAUCAAAAUUUUUAAGCAUGCUGUUGUGGGAUGUAUCAUUUCACUCUUGUGGUUUUUUGGCCUUACUCUUUGUGGACCACUGAGGACGUUGUUGCUAUUUGAGCACAGUGAUGUGGUUGUGCUAUCACUCCUUAGUGUUCUGUUCACAAGCUCAGGUGGAGGACCAGCAAAGACAAGAGGUGCUAUGUUUUUCAUCAUAGCUGUCAUCUGCUUGUUGCUUUUUGAUAAUGAUGAUCUCAUGGCUAAAAUAGCAGAACAUCCUGAAGGGCACCAUGACAGUGCUCUUACCCAUGUUCUGUAUACAAUCAUUGCUUUCCUGGGCGUUGCAGAUCACAAGGGAGGAGUGCUGCUUCUGGUGCUAGCAUUGUGCUGCAAGGUUGGUUUUCACAUGGCUUCCCGAAAGCUCUCUGUAGAUGUAGGUGGAGCCAAGCGUCUACAAGCUUUAUCUCACCUUGUUUCUGUCCUUCUGUUGUGUCCAUGGGUCAUCGUCCUCUUUCUGACAACAGAGAGUAAAGUGGAGUCCUGGUCUUCUCUUAUCAUGCCUUUCAUAACAGUCAUCUUUUUUGUUGUGAUCUUGGAUUUCUAUGUGGAGUCCAUAUGCUCUGUCAAGAUGGAAGCUUCCAAGUGUGCUCGAUAUGGAUCCUUUCUCAUUUUCAUUAGCGCACUGCUUUUUGGCAACUUCUGGACACAUCCAAUAACAGACCAGCUUCGAGCUAUGAACAAGCCAUCACACCAUGAAAGCACAGAGCAUGUCCUUUCUGGAGGAGUGGUAGUGAGUGCUGUUUUCUUCAUUUUAUCUGCCAAUAUCCUGUCCUCCCCCUCCAGGAAAGGGCAGAAAGGCACCCUUAUUGGCUAUUCUCCUGAAGGCACUCCUCUGUAUAACUUCAUGGGUGAUGCAUUGCAGCAGAGCUCUCAGUCAUUACCCCGGUUUAUUAAAGAGUCACUGAAACAAAUCCUUGAGGAACACGAUUCGAGACAGAUCUUCUAUUUCUUGUGCCUAAAUCUGGCAUUCACUUUUGUGGAGCUUUUCUAUGGAGUGUGGACCAAUAGCCUUGGUCUUAUUUCUGAUGGAUUUCACAUGCUUUUUGAUUGUUCUGCUUUAGUGAUGGGGCUUUUUGCCGCUCUAAUGACAAGAUGGAAAGCAACUCGCAUAUUUUCCUAUGGGUAUGGACGUGUAGAAAUUCUCUCUGGAUUUAUUAAUGGGCUCUUUCUAAUGGUAAUUGCUUUCUUUGUCUUCAUGGAAUCAGUGGCCAGAGUGGUAGAUCCUCCAGAUAUAGAUACAAAUAUGUUAACGCCGGUCUCUGUUGGAGGGCUCAUAGUAAACCUUGUUGGUAUCUGUGCCUUCAGCCACGCGCACUCCCAUGGAGGUUCUCGUGGAGGCUGUCACUCGCAUGAGCACAGUCAUUCUCACCACGGGCAUGGGCACAGCCAUGGGCAUGGGCAUUCCCACAGUGACCAUGGACAUGGACAUUCCCACGGGUCUUCUGGAGGAGGCAUGAAUACCAACAUGAGAGGUGUGUUUCUACAUGUGUUAGCAGACACUCUUGGCAGUGUUGGUGUUAUCGUAUCCACAAUAUUUAUUCAACAAUUUGGAUGGCUGAUAGCUGAUCCACUCUGCUCUCUUUUUAUUGCUACAUUGAUUUUUCUCAGUGUUAUCCCACUGUUGAAAGAUGCCUGUCAAGUACUUUUGCUGAGGAUACCUCCAGAACAGGAGAAGGAUCUGCAUGCAGCUUUGGAAAAGAUUCAAAAAAUAGAUGGAGUCAUAUCCUACAGAGAUCCUCAUUUCUGGUGUCACUCUGCGAGUGUUGUAGCAGGUACAAUACAUGUACAAGUGAUGUCAGAUGUUAUGGAGCAGAGGAUUGUACAGCAGGUUACAGCAAUUCUUAAAGAUGCUGGAGUAAACAACCUAACUGUUCAAGUGGAGAAGGAAGCUUAUUUUCAACACAUGUCUGGCCUCAGUACAGGAUUUCAGGAUGUCCUUGCAAUGACUCAGCAAUUGGAAUCCAUGAAAUACUACAAAGAUGGUACUUAUAUCAUGUGAUAAGAAACUGUUCACCAGAGGGGAUGUUAACAGUGAAGCUGUAGGAUUCUGUAUUUGUAUUAUGUCACAAGAACUUGCACAUACAUGUACAGGAACAAAUGUACUAUAUAUAUGAAUUUUUUUUAAGCAUAGUAUCUUUAUUAAAUUUAGAUCAAGAUGCUUUUUAUAAAGGAAGCUGAAUAUGUGGAAAUAAUGAGAAUCUUAAAUACUGUACUGGUGUUUAUUAAACAGAAAUCUUGCAACUUGUGGAUGAGCACAGAUGCAUUCCAUGCUUUCUCUUAAGUAUGGAACACCAUGAUUAUAAUUUCCUUUACUAUGGGAAAUGGAAAUAGUUUAGGUUGCAAUAGAAACAGAAUCAACUGAAACUUUUUCAUUCAAAUAUAGCUUGAAGACACUUUGAAUAAAAAAUUACAUGUUUGUUAUGAGGAGUAAAAAAUAACCAAUAUGAAGGUUUUUUGCAGACUUUGUUAUACAGGAAUAGAAACGCACAGUUUUUAUUGCAUCUGCAUAUAAAACCAUUUUCUAAACUCAAUUCUACUGCAUCAGAGCAAAUGGAUGUUACCAUUCUAAUUUAUCUCAAAUUAAUUUUUAAGGAUAAAAAUCCACCACUCAUAUUAAGUGAGUAAUGGGGAGAAAUAAGAGUUGCAGAUGCUUUUCUUUCCUUGCACUGUUCUUGUUUGUGUUUCCUGGACAGAUGUUGUCAAAAAAAAUGUAAAAUAACUAUUUUGUACUUUUUGUAUGACUAGCUGCAAAUACAAUAGUUUCAAGCAUAAAAUAAUCCACCAGUGAGCAUCCACUUUCAUUCAUCCAGUUAAAAAAAUGUAUAAAUGACAGGAUAGUCUGUCUUAGAGGUAAAGUUUUUCUCCUGCAGAAUAGCUAAUUGGAUGGACUUCAUAUUUACAACUUUUUGUGAAAAUUAAGUAUUCUAUAACUUGUGCCAAAAUCUAUUUUACAUUGGAAAUUAAUAGAUUUAGGAGAAUAACUGGAGAGCA